GAGUGAGAUCAGUCGGGUGCGUGUCGUCCGAGUCGUUUUUAUUUUGAAAUCUUCUUCGAGGGCUGUUGAAGCUUUAACAAAACCAUCCUCACGAAGAUACGGCAGAGACGCGCCGAGAAUUUCAUCUCUUCCAAGUUAUCGUCCUAGUAUCGCAUGUCCACUAUCCAGAACCUCCAAUCUUUCGAUCCCUUUGCUGAUGCAACUAAGGGUGACGACUUAGUCCCAGCGGGGACAGAGGACUACAUACACAUAAGGAUCCAGCAGCGGAACGGCCGCAAGACGCUGACCACCGUGCAGGGAAUCGCAGAUGAUUACGACAAAAAGAAGCUGGUGAAGGCUUUCAAGAAGAAAUUUGCCUGCAAUGGCACUGUGAUCGAGCACCCAGAGUACGGGGAGGUGAUCCAGCUGCAAGGAGACCAGCGCAAGAACAUCUGCCAGUUCCUCCUGGAAAUCGGGAUCGUGAAGGAGGAACAGCUGAAGGUGCACGGGUUCUAGAGGGGCAUGCUGACAGCCCGAAGCCCCCGACCCUCCUCUUAGCCCCCACCCCACCCCACCCUUUCCCAAAAAACAUGCAUUGAACAAGAAAGUUUAGCAACACUUCGUUAUCUGCAGCGAGGCAAUAGAGAAAAUCCCUGAAAACGUAUGAAUAAAGGAAACUAGAUAAGGCUGAUUUUUUUUUUUUUCCUUGUAGGGAAAACAUUGAACAACACUGCUUGAGUUUUUAUUUAAAAAAAACAAAAAAAACAAACAAACAUUUUUUGUUAUCUUUCUGUAGUAGCAUAUCUGAGGCGUGUGCUGGUCUGUAGGAGCACCGGUUUGGUUGUUCUCCGUUGUGACGCGGUGUAGCUUGGCGGCUGCGUCCGGCCUCUCGGUCGGUUGUUUGAGCGGGUCGUCCUCGGCGACUCCCUGAGCUGUGGCGGGCGUGAAAUGGCGGGCGGUCUGGGCGACGUACCUUCUGGCGGUCGGGCUGAUCUGGGGUCGGGCUGGCGCCUCUGGCCGCCCUCCCUGUCCUGCAGCGCUGCGUCCGUGUGGCUGAUCCUGGAUCAGUGGAGAUGAGGUCCUGGGCCACUCCGGGGUUUUAAAACGCGCUGCUUCCGUUUUUUUUUUUUUUUUUUUUUUUUUUUUUAAAUCGCCCGGUUUUAACAGAACUGAACUCUCCAGUGGUUAUUUUUGUGGUGGGGGGGAGAUGACGGGCUGUAGGGGGCCUGGGGGGUCCCCGCGUAGGGCUGCGUUACGCUGCUGCGGCCUGUUUUUAUCUGUAUUCAUCCCCCCCCUCCCCGGCUCCCGGGUUGGCGGGACGGCGGGUUUGGGUUCUGCCGUGCCUCGUCUCGAGGCGCGGCGAUGCCCUCUGGCCCCAAAGUGCCGGCGGUGAGAGCAGCUCCGCUCCGUCUCGCCUAUGCAACGCACCGCUGUGUGUCCCUCGCCCCCUCGGGGCCGGCACGGUCGCCCGCUAAACCGCUGGCUUGUGCGAAAGUUCCCCCCCCGACAGUGACCGCUUUCUGCCAUCGUUCUAGGGUUGUCGGGCGGGGUCAUGCAUGGAGACUGAGUGUGUGGUGGUCCAUAUGCGUUUUUUUUUUUUUUUUCUCCCCCUAAAUUUAAUUUAAUAUUUUUAUUGCCUCCUAGUUUGUAGGUGGUUACUCAUAGUUCCUCAGGUACACGCCUCUUUUUUGCCCCUCCUGCAAAAAAUCUGGGUGAAUUUGUGGCACCGUGACUCAGAUUCUGUGACGACGCAGAACUUUCAGAACUUUCUCGAGUUUCAGAACUUUCCGGAGCAGUAUCUGCCCCGGUGGGAUGACGGACAGGUGGGUCGGAGUUGCCCAUUGGGUCGACUUGGUGAAGCUCCGCCUGGUGGUUUCGCGCUGUCUUCUGUCCACAGUCGCCCAUGACGACCGGACCCGUCCUGGUGUUCUGGGCUGACGGUCACCCAGCCCCUCGCAUAACAAAGUGACACUCCCCAAAGCAGGAGGUGUAGUAACUGCCACGUGGGCGGACCUGGGCCCAGACCGUGUUCCUAGGAGUGCUGGUGUAGGAUCGGUUUGGACCGGCUCCUAGAGAAGGUUGGUGUAUGUCCAGUGGGAAGACCGAAUGAUGACUCUUACGCUAACGGUUUUCUUUUUUUUUUUUCUUAAGGAGGCAAUGGGCUCUUAAUUUGAAACGUUUAGGAGCACGUUAACCCAUUCCAAUGAAUUAGCAAACUAAGUUAUGUCUCCAGUUGGCACACGGUAAUUUUCGGGAGCGCUGAAGAUCCCUGCUGGUCCUGGAUCUGCGGUCCUGGUGUGAGUGUGAGUUUGGGCCCUGGGCUGCGCCGUGUUGACCCGCCGCUGGGUGGCCGCUCCCCCCGCGGCUCCGCGCUUUGAAACGCGGCCGCGACUGCCGCACGUGCAGCUCGGAGUUUAACCAAAUGAGACCCAUGCACUGUACAAAAACUGAGAUUAUGGAACUAUUUUCAAUAAAAUAAGCUUUUAUUCUAAUUUAUUUUCUUUCUCUCAAACCUCCAACCAGCAAUAAAAGACAUUGGGGAAAUCAUUUGAAGAAAUUUUCUGAAGACGGUUGUUGCUAAACUUUUUUAGUCUUUGAAUGUUAAAGUAUUCACAUGAAUAUUUACAGCUGAACAUACGAUGAUGAUUCUCCUGUGAUGCGUUUUGAGUCGCAUGCUUGAUUUCAUGAUUGGACGGCUGCCCUGUUCGAUUAGAAUCGUGUUUAUUUGAAUUUUAUUUCUUUUUUCCAAUAAAAGCCGGUAACAGUU